AAAACAUCCUGUAUAUAAACACCCUUCUGUCUUCAUUUUCAGGGUUUACUUCUGUGCCAGUGAAAGGAAGCUGCUGUUCGUAUUCUAGCCUGGCGUGGGCUUUCCAGACGCGGUGUUCUAUCUCUGCCCCCUGGACUACGACAGUUGAGCAAUGCAGACAAAGCAGUUUCUUCAAUAGGUUGACAGCUGAUGAGCUAUGGAAAGGAGCUUUGGCAGAGACUGGUGUGGGGGUAAAGAAAGGAAGAGGAAAGAGAAGGAAGAAAAAGCUAAGGAAGAAUCUCAAUAAAGGCCAGGAGAUUGGUGAAGGACGUUCUGGUUUCCUCUGGCCUGGUCUUAAUACUCCUGUGAUACAAAGUGGGAAAGUCCAGGCGGUUACCCAACGAAAAAAAGAAGAACAAGAGAGAAUUCACUCUGAAAUUGUUCAGCAGAGAGAUACAUGGGAGAAGAAAAGAAAAAUAAAAGUUAAGAGAGAGGGAGGAUGGAGUGGAAAGUGUUGGGGAGGUGUCAUUCUGGAUCCUCCUGACCCAGGCCCUAAUGGAGAAACAUACGAAGAUUUUGAAACAAGAGUCAUUGAGGUGAAAAAUGUGUUUUGUAUGAAGGCAAAGGAAGGCAGAAAAAAAUCAAUACGUGCAUUAGUGGCUAUUGGAAAUGGUAAAGGAGCUGUAGGUUUUGCAAUGGGGAAAGCAGGUGACAGGAUGAAUGCUUUACGGAAAGCAAAGAAUAAAGCAAUACGCUGCUUACAUCUUAUAGACCUGUAUCAGAACCACACAAUUUACCAUGACAUUACAGUGAGAUUUAAAAGCACAAGCAUCCGCAUGAAGAAGCAAAACAAAGGCUAUGGUCUUCGUUGCCACCGAGCUAUCAUCACCAUCUGCAAACUGAUUGGCAUUAAAGACAUGUACGCCAAGAUUUCUGGAUCCAAAAACUUGAUUAACGUUACCAGAGCUCUCUUCAAAGGCUUGACACAACAGGAGACUCACCAACAGCUGGCGAACCAGAAGAAUCUCUAUGUGGUGGAGUUCCGGGAGGAGCAGGGCCCUCUGCCCAUCGUCGUGGCAGUGCCUGAGGGGACUGUCCGCGAGGACCCCGAGCCUGAGGAUGAGGUUCCAGACACAAAACUGGAGUGGAGUGAGGUGAAAGAAGCUCAGGGAAUGAAGAAAUCUCCCUGGGCAAACGUCAGACGGACAGCAUGUUAAAAGUUUCAGUCCCUCUGUCUCUUCUGCUCAGAGAUGCAACCGGGAAAGCCCAGCCCAAAGGGACAGGUUGUCUAGGCUUACAUUUCGGAGGAGGGCACCAGUAGCACUCUCAUACCAUUCAUAAUGCUGCUACCAUUCAGUAACACCGUUUGCUUUCCCACAAUUCUCCUGCCUGCUGUUUGACUGGGGACGUUCAGGUGGAGACAGCCAGGGAAUGUGACUUCCUCUUCAAGCAUGCAUUUACUCGAUUCCUUAAGAUGAUGUUUAAUCGGCAGAUCCCUUGUUUCUUUCACAAGCUCUUGGGAAACUACUGAAAAUAUAAGAUUGUGAAAGCAAUAAAGAAUCCUCAGAAUGA